AGACCAUCUCACCACCGCCACCACCUUCUCCACCUCCUCCUCUUCCUCCUUCAUCCUCCUCCCCCAUGGCCGCCGAGAUCCCGCAAUGGGUCAAAGACCUCAAGCCAUCCGAGCCCCAGGGCGUUGACAUUCUCGCCCAAGAACGCAAAAACUCUCCCAUCAAUGUCGCCCAGCUGACCGACUUCCUCCACGGCAAGGAAGCCCUCGAUCGCAAGCGCAAGAUCUUGAGCGUGCUGCAGUCCGAGCCCGUCUUCAACAAGGAUCAAGACUACUUUGAUGGACGAGUCGACAAGUGGGAGAAGGCGUUGGCCCGGUCAAAGAGACUGACUACAAUUGCCCUGAACAACAACUGGUCCGACUUGGACCGACGGGUCGCCAAUGAUCUGAUCAGUGAGCCCUUGCCCUACGCUCUCCACGAGGGCAUGUACUUGGUCACCAUCCGAGGCCAAGGCACACCCGAGCAGCAGAAAAAGUACCUGAAGCCUGCCGAGGAGUACCGACACAUUGGAUGCUAUGCACAGACAGAGCUGGGCCACGGCUCGAACGUGCGUGGUUUGGAGACUACUGCCACCUGGAAUGCAGAUGACAAGACCUUUACCAUUCACUCGCCACAUUUGACUGCAUCGAAAUGGUGGAUCGGAUCUCUUGGACGGACCGCCAACAUGGCGUGUGUCAUGGCACAGCUCAUCAUCAACGGCAAGCCCUACGGACCACAUCCCUUCAUCGUCCCCAUCAGAGAUCUGAAUUCACACCAGCUGCUGCCCAACGUCUACGCUGGUGACAUUGGCCCCAAAGUCGGCUACAAUACCAUGGAUAACGGCUACCUUCUCUUCAACAAGGUCAAGGUGCCACACGACGCCAUGAUGGCACGCUUCUCCGCUGUCGACCCCAAGACGAGCAAGUACAUUCGGCCUGCCUCUCCCGCUCUUAUCUACGGCACUCUCACGUGGGUUCGUAGCACCAUCGUGUUGCAGUCGGGAAGCACACUUGCUCGCGGUGUCACCAUCGCCACUCGCUAUCUCGCAGUCCGUCGCCAGUUCCAAGAUCGUGAUGCACCGCAGUGGGAGAAGGGCGAGAAUCAAACUCUCAACUACACCAUGGUCCAAGCACGACUCUUCCCUCUUCUCGCCGCCACUUUCGCCCUCCACUUCACCGGCAAGGGCAUGAUGAGACUCUACGAAGCCAACCAGAAGAACAUGCAAAAGAAAGUCACAGACCAGAACAACAAGCGCUCAGCCGGCCCAGAGGAGACUACCCCUGGCUCCGACCUCCUCGCCGAUCUCCACGGCACAUCCUGUGGUCUCAAAUCCCUCUGCUCCUCCACUGCAGCCGAAGGUCUCGAAGUCUGCCGUCGCGCAAUGGGAGGCCACGGUUACUCCGCCUUCGCCGGUGUGGGCAGCUGGUACGCCGACUACCUGCCUACCGUGACGUGGGAGGGAGACAACUACAUGUUGACUCAACAAGUCGCCCGCUACCUCCUCAAAUCCGCCCGUUCCGUCCUCAAGGGCAACGAACCCAACAACGACACCACCGAAAUCCUCUCCCACUACCUCAAACGCCAAGACACCGGCUCCGCCUUUGACGUUCUCGGAAAAGACGAAGACCUCGUCGCCGCAUUCGCCUGGAGAUCCUCUUUCUUCACCUUUGCCGCCCUUCGCGCACGUGACGAAGACAAGAAAUCGUGGAACUCCCUGCUGGUCGCAUUCUACAACCUGAGCAAAGCCCACUCGCAAUACCUCGUCGUCAAGAACUUCUAUGAGACCUUGCAGUCCACCACCAACGAACUCGACCCCGAAACCUUGGGCCUUAUGCACAAGCUCUUCCGCCUCUACGCCCUCAACACCCUCGUCUCCGAGUCCUCCGAAUUCUUCACCUCGGCAGCCUGCACCACGGCCCAAAUCCGCCUCGCGCAACAAAAGGCCCUCUUGCAGCUGUUUGAGGAGAUUCGUCCCCAUGCCGUCAAGCUGGUGGACUCGUGGGAUUUCCCGGAUUGGCAGCUGAACUCUGCGUUGGGCAAGUACGAUGGCAAAGUGUACGAAGACAUGUUCUAUCGCGCGAGUGUUCUCAAUCCUUUGAAUCACAAGGUUGCGAACCCGUACCCGGAUAGUCCGGUAUUGUAUCGAAAUGAUGCGCAGAGUAAAUAUGCGAACAUUUUGAAAGAUAAGGCGAGGCUGUAGAUUUCUUUCUUUUUGGGGCGGGGAGCUGCAACCAAAAUGGAAAAGGAAAACACAGGAUACAGGUUGGAAACUAUAUAUAUAUACCUGAUACAAAUGGUGGUUCCAUCGGCGUGGGCUGCCACAUGGAAAGGAAAGGAAAGGAAAUUUGUAUGAUUUGUUUUAUAAGAAGGGUGGGCUAGGCGUUGUUCAAUUUGAUGAUAUGGAUUCGAUGUACCCUCGACUCUCGAGGCUCCUCCACUCUGUAGAUACAGUAGAUGAAGACGAACAAUCGACAGAUGAUGAUGAUGAAG